UCGCGUUUGGGAAAAGCAGAGGAAAAGUUGCCUACAGUCCUUAAAAAAUGAUGCAGAGAAUAUUUUUGGUGUUUGUUCUGUUCACCUAACCGGUGUUGUGGCACCAUUGACGGAAUUUAAACUUAAUUUUCUUCCACAAAGAUCCAGAAAGAUGGUUUGUAAGAGUUGGUGAAGGAUCUUUCCCUGAUCAUCAGUGUGUGUCUCAGAAGAGUGUGUGUUCAGCAUGGACAUGGAGGAUUUUCCCCCUCCUCCACCUGACCUGUUGGAUGAUGAAGUUGAGAGGCUUGAGUUUGACGACAGUGGUGAUGAAGCCCCAGAGGUGGAUCGGCCGCCCCCUGAACCUGAGGGAAUCUCUGUGCCUCCUCCCUGCUCAUCAACAGCCAGGGACGCACCCAUCAAUGGAACAAGUCCAAACCCAGAGAACUUACUCACCGCAGAGGCUGAUCUGCCCCCUCCACCUCAGGACUGCCCCACUAAUAACAGCCCUUUAGCUCUUGCACCCUUCCCACAGUGUGAUCUACCCCCUCCUCCUAUAGAACUUUGUCACAAUGCAGUAGAACGCCAGGACAGAAACCCUUCUCUACCACCAGAGGGCGCUACAGGAGCUGCUGUUGACAGCGAGCAGGACAUGAACAGAGGUGCUGGUGUGGUUCCCACCUCUGCAUCCAACUCCAAGCUCAAAGUCAGCCCCUACUCUGUGAUUGACAUCGGCCCUAUCCAGCAGCAGCUGCUGUCAGAGCAGAGCAGCCCUCCUUCCUCUCCCUCAGCCAAUGAGAGUGAAAGAGACAUUCAGGAUGUACCCAGUAGCCCUGGGUUGCCCUCUGGGUAUUCAGUGCCAGUGCCCUGUGGUUAUGCAACGCCCUCAAAUGUGCCGGUGAUCCCACCAACCUACACCACCCCAGUUAUCAUCCGACACUUCUCUAUGGAUGAAGAUGUGACUGUGGUGGGAGCAGGAAAUACUCCAGUGGACAGUGUUUUCAGUGAAGAGUGUCCAGUCAUCAGAGAGGAAGAUGCUCUUACUAAGUGGGUGUCAGACCCAGCGAACACGGCCUGGAUGGAAAGCCCAGAUGAAGUGAUUUAUGAUGAUGUACCAAGAGAGAACUCUGGAUCCACUACAGACCCAGAUGAGAUGAUCUAUGAUGAUGUUGAGUUCGGGGAAGAGGGCGGCAGCAGCUCUCUGGACAACGGCUGGAGCUCCAGUGAGUUUGAAAGCUAUGAGGAAGCCAGUGACACAGAGAAUGGACAUGGAGAGAAUGGCCUCCCCGAUGCCUUUGUCAGGGGCCGUGCACCCAGCAAGAAAACACAUCUGUCUGAAGAUCUGGCACGUUUGAAAGAGCACUAUGAGAGAAAGAUGCGAGAUCUCAUGGUAAACACAGUGGGGACAGUAGAGCUACAGCAGCUCAAACACAAACAUGAGCAAAAGAUGCAGCGGCUCGUAAAAGCAGCCAAAGAUGGAACUAAAGAUGGUCUGCAGAAAACCAAAGCUGCGGUCAGAAAGGGACGAUCUUUCAUCCGCACCAGAUCUCUCUGUCAUGAGAAGAAACCGAGCUGCUUUGAUGAAGAGUCAGAUCUGUUCAUUGAGGUGGAGUGUUUUAAUGUGGACCCAGUGCUGGGACCUGCGCCUGACGGGCUCUCUCAACACCAGGUGAUGAGGAGGUGCAUUCUGGAGAUGAUUCUAGAGAGUGAGAAGAAUUAUCUGGAAGCGCUCAAGAGAAUUUUAGAGCAAUACGAGAAGUCGCUGGCUGAGAUUGAGCCUCGCUUACUGAGUGACCGCAAACGUAAGGUGGUGUUUUAUCGUAUACGGGAGAUCCUGCAGUGCCAUGCCCUUUUCCAGAUGGCACUGGCCAGCCGUGUGUCCGACUGGGAUGAGCUGGAGAUGAUCGGAGACGUGUUUGUAGCAUCGUUUUCUAAGUCCAUGGUGUUGGACGCUUACAGUGAAUAUGUGAAUAACGUCAGCUUGGCGAUGGGAGUGGUGCGGAAGUCGUGUGCCGCUAAGCCCAGUUUCCUUGACUUCCUCAAGCAUCGUCAGGAAACCAGUAAAGACCAUCUGACCCUAUAUGGACUGAUGAUGAAGCCUAUUCAGCGGUUCCCUCAGUUUAUACGGCUGCUGCAAGACAUGCUGAAAAACACGCCGGUGGGUCAUCCCGACCGUCUUCCACUUCAGAUGGCUCUCACUGAGCUGGAAACCCUUGCCGAAAAAUUAAAUGAGAGGAAAAGAGAGGCAGAUCAGCGCUGUGAGAUCAGACACAUCGCUAAGGCUAUGAAUGAACAUUACCUCAGCAAGCUGCUGAGCAGCGGCAGCCGUUAUCUGAUUCGUUCUGAUGACGUUGUGGAAACCGUUUAUAACGAUCGUGGGGAGAUCAUUAAGACAAAAGAACGGCGAAUCUUUCUUCUGAAUGAUGUGCUCAUGUGUGCCACCCCUAACUGGCGCCCCUCUCAGGAUGGCGUGAGUGUGGGAGCUGGAGGUGAAGGUGUUCCCUCAGGACAACGCUUCCUGCUCAAGUGGAGCGUCCCUUUGAGUUUGGUUGAGGUCGUAGAGUUUGGCUCGAGUGAGGAGAUGGGCGACUCCCGAUUUCCCCCCUCGCACUCAGGAGAUAAAGUCGUCAUUAAUGCUAAACCUAAUAAGUUGUAUAUGGGUCCAGGGCAGCUUUACCAGGACCUACAGAACCUGAUCCAUGACCUGGGUUUGGUGAGCCAGAUCUCUACCAUGAUCAGCAGUCUGAAGGGGAAUUAUCAGAAUGUUAAUGGGUCAGUGGCUCAGGAUUGGGUUUCAGGUCUCCAGCGCCUGAUUUUAAAGAAAGAGGAGGAAAUUCGGGCAGCUGAUCGCUGUAGGAUACAACUACAGUUACCAGGAAAACAAGAUAAGUACGGUAGACCCACGUUCUUCACAGCAGUCUUCAACACUUUCAGUCCAUCUAUCAAGCAAGCUUGGAUCAGUAAUCUGCAGAUGGCUAAACUGGCUCUACUAGAAGACAACAUCCAAGGCUGGUUUUGUGCUGAAGAUGAUAAUCAGAUGAGGAAGCAGAACCAUCCUCUCUUACUCAAGCAGAUGGCUGUGGUCAUGUCUAAACUACAGGAGUUCAAGGUGGAGUGUGCAGUUCACAACCCUGAGCCUCAUUUGAACACUGACAGCACUGCAGAUGUGCCUGUUAUGGGUCACGGAUGUGUGUGGGUGGCCAGCUGCACCAAUCACAUGGGCCAGGUCUCCAUUGUGGCAUUGCAGAACUCGAAUCCCAAAGUGACUGAGUGUUUCAACGUGGAGUCUCGUAUUCUUUGCAUGACGUAUGUGCCCUUGGGUGAGUCAUUGGAAAAUGGCGAGAUAAAGCCUGAUGACCGGAAAGCCAGUGAGACACCGACUGUGUGUCUGGGAAUGGAGGAAGGCAGUAUAUCUGUGUAUAAGAGCAGCCAACGGUCUAAGAAGGUUCGUCUGCAGCACUUCUUCUCCCCUGAUAAGUCCAGCGUCACAUGUCUGGUGUACAAGAGUGGGUGUCUGUAUGCAGGCCUGGUCAGUGGUUCUCUGGUUGUCUACUCCAGGGCUGAUGACGAUUCCUGGGUCGAGUCAGGGGCCCGUGUGCUGAAGCUGGGGGUGUUGCCGGUUAAAGCCCUGCUGGUGGUGGGUGAACACGUCUGGGCCUCAUCAGGAGGGCAGAUCUUCAUCAUCAGCACACAGACACACACUGUGGAGGUAGUACAGCACAUUUCACACACAUUUCUCACAUUGGGCCAGAAAGUUCAGACUCUCGACCACCUGCAAGACAUCAACAUCGCCACAGCUGUCAACAACAUACUCCCAGGACAGCAGAGAGUCUCUGUGAGCAGUCUGUUAGUGUGUCACGGACUGCUGUUGGUGGGGACCAAUCUCGGGGUCACAGUGGCCCUGUCCGUGCCCAGACUGCAGGGCAUCCCAAAAGUCACAGGUCGAGGAAUGGUCUCUUUUCACGCUCACCAUGGCCCAGUCAAGUUCCUCACCAUGGCAACAGCAGUGUGUAAUGUCUCCCAAGCAUCCAUGGCAACUCUCACCUCCAACACACCCAGCCAGUGCCAGCCUGGGGCCCAUGGGGUGGAGGGAACCCAACUGGAUGAGAACUGCUCUGGGCUGGGGCGCAGCAGUACCAGCUCUCCCUCACAUGCUCCUGUUCUCCAGGAUUCCCUGUCCUCCUCAUGUGGCUCUCUGGCUCCGUCUCAGGGCUCUUUAGAGCACGGCCCAGAGGACGGGGCAAUAUACGACCUGCUGAAUGAGCCGGCACACUUCCAGAAGGCCAAGCAGACUGAGAGAGUGAAUGUGAGCUCAUUGUUGGUGGUGUCUGGAGGACUGGGACAUCGCAGAAUCAACAGAAAAACAAAACAGUCUAAGCAUGAGGAGAUGGUGUCCACCAUUAUGGUGUGGCAAAUACCACUGCCCAGCCUGUGAGGGACAAAAUGGAGGUAUUCAGAGAACGGUGAGGAUCAGGUUUUAGUUUGGAUGCAGCUGCACAACCACCAGUGUCUAUCACUCUUUUGUUUCUUUUACUCAUCUAAUGAUGCUUUUACUGUAUGUCUUCAUUAUAGGCCAUUGCACGUCAGAGAGAGCAGUUGCUUAGACUGACCCUGCAUUCAGUCAUGGGCUGACAGGGAAAAAAGA